GUGUAAUUAGUGUGUGAUUAUAGUAAUUAGUGUGUGAUUAGAGUAAUUAGUAUGUUUUUAGAUUAAUUAGUGUGUGAUUAGAGUAAUUAGUGUGUGAUUAAAGUAAUUAGUGUGUGAUUAGAGUAAUUAGUUUGUUUUUAGAGUAAUUAGUGUGUGAUUAGAGUAAUUAGUGUGUGAUUAGAGUAAUUUGGCCGCUUUUUCUGCGAUUGAAACGAAACCAAGUGAAAUACCAGUGAAACUGAAAGCUCUACAGGUUCCUGCUCUCUGACUGGCUGGCAGCUCAGCAGUUCACCAACAGGACUCGGGCGGGGAUUGUCUGAAUACGGGUGGGGCAGAAACGACUCGCUGCGAGAGAAAAACGACACAGACUCCUGAAAUCCGCCAAGAUGGUUCAAGGAUCACGUGUGGUGAACUUCUUCAUGAUGGUGUUUGGGAAUGCUCUUCAUUCCCACAUACACUUUAUGGACCGACUCACUACACGUCUGGAGCUCCAUGAAGUGACUGACCUGGACAAGAGCCACAGCGUUAUUGCCUUUGUCGUUGUUGCGUCUCGAGCUGGAACCGACCUUGAAGCUGCUCUUAGGAAAAUUCCACUGUCGUCCCGGCCUGUUGUUCUAGUGGUUCUCCACCACACGUUUGACCCAAAUUUCAUUGCUCCAGACAGCAGACUGUGUGUUAACAGGCCUGAUGUCUUCACUGUGGACUGCCUGUUCUAUGAAGACCAAGGUCUGCUGAGAUGUCUGCGCAACGACGAGGCGCUGAAAGCAGUCACCGAUCACCUGAUCUCUAAAGGAGGGUUGACUAAAUCACAGGAAGGUUUUUACCUGCCCCUGCGGAUCAAUUAUCCUGCAGCCAAUCAGUGCUGCACAAGGAAAAUGAGGAAUCUCUGGAUAGUCAUCGGGCUCCUUGUUGGGGCAGUCUUUGGAGUGCUUUUGGGGCUCUGUAAUCAAGCUGGGCAGAUCUUCCUCGGGGCACUCAUUGGGGCGCUGGCCGCGUACCUGCUUCACUUCCGUCUUUCUUACAGGGAACCAUCCACAGCAAGUUUGACCCACGGACAGUUGUAAUGCCUGUUAAACUUCAGCAAAGUGAUCAUCUGAAAUGUAUAUAUCGCUGUUGUCGGAAGAAAACCUCGUAUCUCCGAAAUGGUAACUUUACAGGAGAAGGAAAAAACAUGCUUUACUUUUAAUGGAAGUCAAUGGAACCAGAAUUUUUUACAAGUCAG